AUGUUAGAUGACAGCGAUGUAAAACUCUCAGUGUUCCAGAGCAGUGUGUUGGACUCGGUUCCUGCAGGAGCGUCAGUGACUCUGCAGUGCUCGGUUCUCUCUGAGAGCAGAGCAGCAGAACUCCAAGUGCUCUGGUUCAGAGCUGCUCCACCACAAUCCCAUCCUCAAAUCAUUUACACUCAUCACAACAGCAGCCAUCAGUGUGAGAGCACCUCUUCUAAACACACCUGUGUGUACAACUUCUCCAAGAACAUCCUCACUCACAAUGAUACUGGGACUUACUACUGCGCUGUGGUCGCGUGUGGGAAGAUCAUUUUUGGGAACGGAACACGAGUACAACUGGGGGAAUCUGAUUCUAUAGUGAUCUACUUUGCUGUAGCGCUGGCAGUAUGUGUGGUAGUGAACUGUGCUCAAGCUAUUUUAUACUGUAAAAAACAAAACUCUGAGCAAUGCAUAGUGCAGCCUCCAAUAAGAAAAGCAAAUAAUCAGAACCCUGAAGUCACGGAGAUAAAUUAUGCUGCCGUCAAUUUCAACAAAACGAAAACCAAAAGUGAAAGAACAAAAAGGGAUCAAUAUCAAGAUACUGUUUAUACUGAAGUGCUAAAGUUUCCUAGUACUUAGAUUCUCUAAAAGUCUUUACUUUUUGUAACAAAAGUCUGUCUCCUUUUUGUAACUGUUAAUACUAAUCAUAAAAGUGAAAAAAUCUACUCACUCGGAUAACUUUCUUAUGAUUUAAAUAUACAAACUGCGGCUUGUAUAGUGGAACCUUAAUUUAUGAACAUGUUUCAUUUCUGAAGUGAGCUCGUAUUUCAAAACACUUGUAAACCAAAGCGAAUUUUCCCAUAAGAAAUAAUGGAAAC